ACCAUAGGCGAUGAUCAAGACAAAGAAGCACUUCUUCCUCUUAGUGUACGUCCUCGCAAUGAGAAUCCUUCAACUCUUGUCUCUACAUCUGAUGACCCUUCUUCGGAAGGCAUCUUUGAUGGUUUGGUGGCCCAAGGGCCAACCAAUGAUCCCAUUCCAAUGGCCCAAAUUAUGGUCGUUGCACCCUUGGCCUCCUUUACCAUUCCAAAUGAGAUGGAGAUAGAGCCACCAAGUACGGAAGUGGUUGUUGAUGCUAUAGAAGUCCAACCAAUGCUUCCUAUCGUCCUAGCAGGCCCUUAG